AUGCCCGCACUUCCGACCACGCCCAAGCCUUCGGGCCCGGACGCCGACUCGUCAUGGCUGCUUGACGAGAACCUCUCGCCGGCACUCGUACAGGGCUCGAUGCAGAAUCUGCAUCUCGCCGACUCGCCCCUCACCGCUCCUCUCCAAUCCGCCGCAGCGGCCAACCGCGCCUCGCAGCCGCGCGCAUCCAAGCCGAUCAAGUCGCGUCCGUCGUGGGGAUCCGCCGUGGUGCUCGACGCACAACACUCGACCAACGCCAUCUCGGGCAUCCGCUUGCUCGCCGGCAUCCAGCCCAACGACGAGAACAAGCCGCCCGUCUCGCGCAAGCCACCCACGUCUUCCUCUUCCACCGCGGGAGCACCUGCUCGACCACGCUUCUCGCUGUUUGCAAAGCCGGGCGUACCUACCAACCUCGUGCCCAAGAAGCUGCACAACGCCAGCACCGCAUCGCAGCAUGAUGACGAUGACGACGACGACCUUACCCUGCACGGUCUGCCUGAUGUGUCGGCGCUAGCCUCGUCGUCGUCCCACGCGCCCGAUACCUCGGCCGCCUCCGCCUACAUUCCGGACGACGACUACAUCCGCGACGCAUUGCUGGGCAAACCGGCAUCGGCGGCCGUUGCAUCAGGCGCACCCACGCCCGUCGAAUCCAAAGAGUCGCAGGAGCACGCCGCACGCCAGCUCGCCGAGCUGCGCCGCAUCAACGACGUGUUCGAGGCGUUCGAAACGUCGUUGCGCGGCAGUGCGGGGCAGAUCAAUGCGUUUGCGCGCCGCGUGCGCGAUACGGACGACCUGCUCAACAUCUACAUCAGCCUGCUGCGCCAGACCGAAAAGACUCAGCAGCUGCUUCAAGACCAGGACUGGAAGGGCACCACCAAGGACGCCGAGGCCCACAAGGAGAGUCUUGCCAUUGCGCAUAGGGAGACCCAGCGUCUGCAUGCAGAGGCACUCGCGAGGGAGCAGGAGGCCAAGCGUGCAUCCCAACUCGCGGCUCAACAGGCAGAGGAACUGCAGCGUCGUCAGCAGGAAGAGGCUCGUCGUGCAGCUGCGCCCGGUGCUCGCGGCAGGGGUGGUCGCACUGUCUCGACGGGUACCAGGGGUGCGGCGAGAGGUGGAGUGGCGCGUGCAGCUUCGUCGCGCACGGCGUCAAAAGCGUCCGACACCCAACCGGCUGCCACAGCUACAGCUUCGACUCGCGGCAGGUCCGCAUCGGCUUCAACGCGCGGCACCGCAAGACCCUCGGCCAUCCCCACACGCACACCCUCCGGCAGCGCAGGCCUCGGCGGCCAGUACGCCAACGUCAAAAGCUCCGGCUACGGCCCACGAUAG